AUGACGAGUUCUUUCGAAAAGUCUGUGAAGGGGGCGACCAAGAUCAAGGCCGCCCCGCCAAAGUCGAAAUACAUUGAGCAUAUAUUAAUCGCCACACAUUCCGGAGAAGCGGGAGUGGGAGAGGUAUUCCGAGCACUGCAAAACCGAUUGCGCGACUCGACAUGGACCGUGGUAUUCAAGAGUUUGGUUACAGUACAUUUGAUGAUUAGAGAAGGAUCGCCAGAUGUGACACUGGCAUAUUUGUCAAGGCAUAGAAAUAUGCUUGCCAUAAGCAGCUUUUCUGAUGGCAACUUUAUUGAGACUGUGCUAACAGAGCAUGGUAAAGUCCAAACCCAAGGCCGGAAUAUCCGCCAUUAUACCAAUUACCUCGCCGAACGGGCCAGAGCAUACAAGGAUACGAAAUGCGACUACGUCCGUGGUGCCGAGAGACGGUUGGAAAAGAUGAGCGUUGAAAAGGGUCUACUGCGAGAGACUGAGAUUGUGCAGCAGCAGAUUAGAUCGUUACUGAAAUGCGAUGUUCUGGAUAACGAACCCGAGAACGAAAUCACCAUCACGGUAUUCCGGAUGCUUGUGUUGGAUCUUCUAGCAAUGUUUCACGUCAUGAACCAGGCCAUGAUCAAUAUAUUAGGGCAUUUCUUCGAAAUGUCAAAGUCUGACGCAGAGCGUGCAAUGGAAAUCUACAAAAAUUUCACAAAACAGACGGAUUUUGUAGUUCAAUAUCUUAGUACAGCCCGGCAGUACGAGCAUCAGACACGUGUCGAGGUACCCAAGUUAAAACACGCGCCUGUUAAUCUCGGAAAGCAAUUGGAGGAUUAUCUUAUGGACCCCGAUUUCGAGGUUAACAGGAGACAAUAUCUGGCAGAGCAGGAGUCAAAGAAAGCCCGGGGGACAACGAACGGAGCUAGCAAACCCUUUGGGACCGCCGCAAAGAAUGAGGCAGAAUCUAGGGCUGUAGCAGGUCGUGCCUUAACAGAGGCAAUAGAGAAACCAACACCCAAGCCUCAGCCUGCAAAAGGACCUGAUCCUGACCUGAUCGACUUCUUUGAUUCGAUAGAGCAGAAUCAACAACCCAUGGGCCAGCCUAAUCCCCAAUCAGGACCAUUUAAUCAGUUCAACAACGGACCACCAUUUCAGAUGCAGCCCCCGUCGCAGUUUUCGCCGAAUAACUUUCCCCAGCAACAAACAGGCUUCCAGAAUCCUAACCAGACUGCCCAACAACAUUUCCAUACCGGGUUUGGACCUCAACAACUACAGCAAUCACAACAGCCACAGCCACAACAGGUUCAGCCAAAUUUCACUGGUGCUGGCUUUGGAGGCUAUACUCCUCAACCGCCAUUCCAACCUGGAGGCCUUUCUUCCAUACCGCAAGAGUCACCUGCAUCGUUUCCGCAGCAGGCACAACAGCAAGCGCAGGCACAGCAACUCGCCCCUAUGCAAACAGGAGCUCCUCAGACAACCAACCCUUUCCGGCAGUCUAUGAUGGUCUCGAACCCCACAGGUAUGCCUGGGCCUUCUUUUGGGGGCACCCCUCCCAUGGCAUCACCAAUUGGCCGCCAAUCAACAAAUCCAUUUGCAAAAUCAGCCUCUCCUUCAUCCACGAAACCAUUUUCGCCACCAUCUAACCAAUUCCAAGAACAACAAAGUGCAACUUCACUUCAGCCUAUGGCCACGGGCACAAACCCUUUUGCCCGAAACCUUAGUACGACUCCCGCCCAACGUCCCCAAACGAGCGGAGGAUUGAUGCCACAGCCCACUGGGAGCACAAACCCAUUCCGUCAAAGUCAGUUUAUUAACACUGCGACUGGAAGUGGCUGGCAACAGAACCAGCAGCCUAUAGGUGGUGGUUUGGAUAACCUGGAGACGGUCCCAAUCUUCCCUAGACCGGCACAGCAGCAAGCAUGGCAACAAUAA